AUGUCUGAAGUUACUCUUUUUGAAUCCAGUUUGCUCUGUCCCCAAGUUCAGUCUCUUUUGCCUCCCGGUUACACACUCCGCGCGCUUCGUUCAAAUGAUUAUGAGCGUGGAUUUCUCCAAGUGUUGGAAGUUUUGACCGAAGUCGGUGGUCAUACAAAAGAAGAAUUUACAGAACAAUUCAACUAUUUAAAGAAACACAACCAUGAAUAUCACACCAUCACUAUCACUGAAGAUGCAAAGGAUCAGGUUGUUGCUGUUGGUACGAUUCUUGUCGAGAGAAAGUUUGUACAUAAGAAUGGUCUUGUUGGUCACAUCGAGGAUAUUGCUGUUAACAGCAAUCAACAAGGAAAGAAGCUUGGUUUGAGAAUCAUUCAAGCUCUCAAGUUUAUUGGUGCUGAACGCGGUUGUUAUAAGGUUAUUUUGGACUGUUCAGAAAAGAAUGUCCCAUUCUAUGAAAAGUGUGGUUUCAAGCAAAAGGAAGUUGAGAUGGCUUGGUACGUACCUCAAGUUAAGGCACGUUUGUAA